UUGUGCCAUUGCUGAAAGGAUCGUCAUCAUCACCAUUCGAUUCGAUCCUUUUUCUGUCAGCCCUCUCGUUUUAUUCGUAUUCUGAAAGUGACAGCUUUCAGUCUCUAAGAUAUCCUCGUUAAUCGAUCAACGCUCCUCCCCAUGGCCAGCUCCGAGUUCUCACCGGCCGUCUGCAAAGCUGUCGAAGAAAGAGCCAGUCAGCUAUGGGAGCUGAGCAAGUACAUCUGGAGCAAUCCCGAGUUGGCGUACCAAGAGGUGAAGGCUCACGACCGGAUGACGGGCUUCCUUGAAGAAAUGGGGUUCAAGGUUCAGAGAAAGUACCUUCUGGACACGGCGUUCCGAGCUGAGGCACUCGCGCCAGGUGGCAAAGAUGGUCCCACAGUUUGCCUGAUGGCCGAGUACGACGCCCUUCCGGGCAUCGGCCACGGCUGCGGCCACAACCUGAUAGCAGAGGCGGCCAUGGGUGCCUGCAGUGGCCGGCAUCGAGGCUAUGAAAAAGUUCGGCACCGUCCGGGGCAAGAAUGGCCGACAUGCCUGCAUGUCCAACGAGCCUGCAUGUCCAACGAGCCUGCAUGUCCAACGAGCCUGCAUGUCCAACGAGCCUGCAUGUCCAACGAGCCUCUGGUCGUGUUGGGAACGCCGGCAGAAGAAGGCGCCGGUGGCAAGGUGCUGCUGCUCGAGAAGGGAGCCUUCAAGGACGUCGACGCGGCUCUCAUGGCGCACCCUGGUUGCCAAGAUGCCCUGAAGGUGCACUUCAACGCACGACGUCAAGUGAAGGUCCGGUAUGAAGGCAAGGCGGUGCACGCCUCGCACUCACCGUGGAAUGGCGUGAACGCCCAGGACGCUGCUGUCGCCGCCUACAUCAACCUAUCCUUGGUGCGUCAGCACACCAACCCAGCCGCCAAGGUGCUUGGCGUGGUAGAACAGUUUGGCGCGCAAGCAAACGUGAUUUCCGAGUCCAGCAACCUUAUCUACCACAUCCGAGCGCCUGACGGUGCUCAGAAGGACUCGCUCGUUGCACGAGCGGAGAAGGGCUUCCAGGCGGCCGCCAAGGCCACGGGCUGCGGUAUCGACCUCGAAUUGGGAAUGGAAUACAACGAGGUCAUUCACAACGAUGCUCUCACUGAGACCUACAGGAAGCACGGCGAGGCUCUUGGUGCCGUAUUUGCGGACGCCAACCCGGGUGUCGACCUCAGGACUGGCGGCAGUACGGACGCGGGGAACGUGUCGUACGUGCUUCCCACCCUGCACCCCAUCUUCGACAUCGGUGCCUGGGUGAUGCCCCACACGAACGCGUUCGCCGAGGCCGCGGGGGCCGAGGCAGCGCACCGGGCAGUGCUGCGCGUCGCCAAGGCCCUCGCCCUCACGGCGCUGGACCUGAUGUCGGACCCCGCACUCAUGACGCGCGUGCGGAGUGACUUCGCGGCCUGGAAGGUCACUCACGUGCCGUCCAAGUGAAAGCGGCGCCAGAACAAACGUUCACAUUCCUCGAGUUGGCGAAGCGCGAUAAACC